AUGGGCUCCGCCGCCGAAGGAGAUAACAAUGGAGGAGGCCGCCCCAGGUCCUCGGUCCUGAAGAGCUUCAUGCACCGUCGUAACCAGUCCGAGGGGUCUGCACUUCUCACCUCGCCGCCCUCCGUCCAGGUCACCACCACGCCCGCACACCAUAUCCAGACUACCUACGCUCAACUCGAAGGCAGGAUGCCGCCCCCUCCCAUCCGCACCGAAGGCUUGGGGGCCCUCGGAGAGCUGAACAACAACUCCCAGAAGGACCCCGUGCCUCGUUCGCCCCGCAAGGAAGACGACAUCCGCGACCGAUCGCGCUCGCCGACAAAAUCCGCCUUCAGCAACAUGUCCUUCAAGUCCCUGGCCAAGGAGGCACGGAAAUCACGCGACGUGUCCCCCGAGAAGCCCAAGAAGACGAAAUCGAGCACGAACCUGACAGGCUUCCUGUCGCGGCCCCGAUCGACCAUAUCCCUCAACAAGACCUUGUCGAAGGAGGAGGAGGAGCGUCGCCAAGCUAAGGACAAGGAGAACCGCACGCCCCCGAGCUCGACGUCGAGCGCCGACAUGACGGGGCCGGCGCCACCCAUUUACGCACAGUUCUGCAGCCAGGAUUUAGGAAGCAAUAGGCUGCGCGGCAAGACGUCGUUCGACGCGGGUAGUGGACGAUACGGAAGCGAUGCCUCGAGCGAAUUGAAGAAGCAGAGGCCAAAGUCAUACCAUCCGUCCACCGCGAUAUCCGAGCACAAAUCGACGUCAGACCUCCGCAACAGACCGAAGGCGGACGGCCGCGAGCCCUCUGCUUCCGAAAGAAUCAAAAGCAAGGUGCAGCGGCCGAAGCUCUUCACAGCCUUUUCCGCCAUGGGCCACAGCACAAAAUCCAAGGCUUCGGAUACCUCUUCUGGCAAGGCCAUCGACCCAAAGGAGAUCGACACCCAUCUAGAGGCCAUGCUUGACCGGCGCAACAUCCCCGAGAACCAGCGCUACAAGAUGCGUUGCUUGGCCGACACGAUCAAGAUGGAGUUUAUCCGACAAGAUUGGGCGGAAAUGGCUGCCAAGGAGCAGGCGGGUGCCGCUGAAAGCAGCGAGCCUUCCUCCGCGGUGGCUGGAGGUUCGGACCGCGAAGAGACCCAGUCCAAGCGCUCAAGAGGCCGAAGCUUCACGCUCUCGCGCAAGAAGGAUCCUGCUUCUCCUACAAAGAAGUCAAAGGGCGAUGGUAGCUCGAUUGGCCGCCACUUCAGAAGCAAGUCCUCCGAGAGCAUAGUGAGCGAGCGGCCGACGUCGGCAGGCUCCACGGCGAGCAACGGCAUUCUUUCUAAGAUCAAGUUCGGCCAGGGGCCGGGCGACUACGUCUCGUAUCUGCGCAAGGCACAGAAGCCGGAACUGGUCGAGGUCGGAAAGCUGCAUAAGCUCCGGUUGCUUCUGCGCAACGAGACGGUUUCGUGGACAGAGGACUUCAUUCGCCAAGGCGGCAUGCAAGAGAUUGUCGGAUUGUUGAACCGAAUUCUCGCAAUUGAGUGGAGGGAGGAACACGACGACGCCCUUCUCCACGAGAACCUACUAUGUCUGAAGGCCCUCUGCACGACGGCAUUGGCUCUGCAAUAUCUCCACUCCAUCCACGACGACCUUUUCCCCAAGCUCCUCCACAUGCUGUUUGACCCCGAAAAGAAGGGUCCAAGCGAGUUUACUACACGCAACAUUAUCACAUCAGUGCUAUUCACAUAUAUCGAAACGGCCGCUCCCGCGGAGCGAGUCGCUCGCGCUCAGAAGGUGCUUUCGUUCCUGCGGAACCCCCAGCCCAAGGAGGAAGAGAGGCCCGUCGGCUUCGUGCUGGAAAUGCGAAAGGAACGCCCCUAUACCGUUUGGAACAAGGAGGUGGUCAGCGUCACCAAGGAGGUCUUUUGGAUCUUCCUGCACCAUCUCAACGUCAUCGCCCUGCCCUCCGAGAUGUCUACCAAGGGCGGCGCGCCGCUCAGCACCAUCAUGAACGGUUCCCAAGACCCGUACGCCUACAUGCACAGGCACUUCCCCUCGGAGCGGCCACCCGUUCCGGCGGCACCCUACGUCGGCGGGGUGGAGUGGGACGCAACCAACUACCUCGCCUCCCACCUCGACCUCAUGAACGCCAUCAUCGCCUGCACGCCAACGGCGACGCAGCGGAACAACCUGCGCAACGACCUGCGCAUCUCGGGCUGGGAGAAGGUGCUCGGGGGCAGCCUCCGGCUCUGCAAAGAAAAGUUCUAUGGCUGCGUGCACGAGGCCCUGCGGUGCUGGGUCGCCGCCGCCACAGAGGACGGCUGGGACUCGAGAGACGUGCGCUAUGGCCCGCCGCCCGAGUCGCGGAACAACAGCCCCGCCAAGAAGCCCAACGCGGCCCAGAAGGCCAAGGUGGCCGAGGCGGCACCCAAGAUUGAGAUGCCCAAGCUCGAUUUCGGACUCGACAACCACCGCGUUACGCCGGUCAAGGAGAGAGAUGUUUGGCUGUCGUGA